UAAAAGCUCCUGCCAGUUUCCCGUUAGUAGUAUCUUAGUGGUCGCAUUAUUAGAUUAGCGUAUUCAUAAACAAACAUUAAUUUCAAUUUGAGUUUGUGUCAAAUUAACAAUUCAAAGACUACGGAAUUAGUGUCGAUUAUUAUUGAAUUGAACUGUAGCACAGUCCCAUCGGGAACAGACAUUUGUUUUCAUUAAAAAUUAUCUAAAAUUUUCUUGUUUAAAGUGAUUUUUGAUCGGAUUAUGUUGUUAUUAAUGGUUUAUUAAGUGAUUAGAAGAUGUUUGCGUUUGAGGGACAGAUAACGGAUUUGACGGCAGCGACGGAAUACAACGGGAGAAUUAGUACCAACAAUUCGAGACAAUUUUCAGUGACUAGUUUAUUGAGAUUGGGGCAAAAAAGGAGGAAUUCGGAGGAAUCCAAUGAAGAAUCCGCAUCCGAAAACUCGCGAAGCGACGAAAAAACGAAAAAACCGAGACGCAACAGAACCACGUUCACCACCGUCCAGCUUGCAGCUUUGGAGAAAGUUUUUGAAAAAACGCACUAUCCGGACGCCUUCGUCCGAGAGGAUUUGGCGGCAAAAGUCAACUUGAGCGAAGCCAGAGUUCAAGUUUGGUUCCAGAACCGACGAGCUAAAUUUCGCAGAAAUGAGAGAAGUUUAAGUCUGCAGCAGACCCCAGCGACCAAAUUAUCUUGCAACAAGCCUAUGACACCGCUGGCUCCUCGGACUGACUCAGUGGAAAAACCUUUAUUUUCGCAUCAAAACGUAAUUCCUCCGCAUGCUGCCUCCGAUCUGCAAUAUGUGAUGCCUUGGAAGUGUUCUCACGGACAAUAUGGACAGCCCGACUUAUACGGCAAUAAUUUUAAUUCGCCGAUGGGGGGCCAAACGUGCCCUUUUCUCCCAACAAACCCUUUCAAUUAUUGUUCACCCAAUAUUUCAGCGGGCUCGAUGUGCAACCGAUUCGACGUAAACUCGCUGAGGUACAGGCAUCAAGACUUUACGCUGUCGCCGUAGAAGUGCAAUUUGAGGAUAAUUAACUUGUAAAUUUACCACUGAUUUAGAAAAUAGUUGUUUAUUACCAAUUAAAGAAUUUGACAAU